AUGAUAAAUUGGUUACUUGUCUCUAUCAGUGGUUUACUUGGACUUGGAUUGUUAUCCUUAACUUCAUCAGCGAUUAUGUCACUUUUUCGUAAUUUGGCAUGGUUCUCGAAAGGGAUGCGUGAAUACACAAAAUCAGGUUAUGAAUCAGCCGCUACACACUUUGAUCCUACUGAAUUAGUCAAUGUUCGCUUAGACAAUCAACGUGUUUUAGUUACUGGGGCGAAUUCAGGCAUUGGAUUUAUUUGCUGUAAAGAAUUGGCUAGACAUGGUGCAGAAAUUCAUAUGGUUUGUCGUAAUAAAUCUAGAGCUGAAGAAGCACGACAACAAUUAAUUGCCGAAACUGGAGUCAAUGCAUCACGUGUGGUUAUUCAUUCACUGGAUCUGUCUAAACCGUUUGAUGUUUGCAGCUUUGGGAAAAACUUUGCCAAAAGUCAUGAUUCACGACUGGAUAUUUUGAUAAAUAAUGCUGGUUGUAUGAUAAACGAAUAUAAAACUGAUGAAAAUGGUAUUGAGGCUAAUUUCGCCACGAAUACCCUUGGUACUUAUAUACUUACUGAGUGUUUAAUACCUGCAUUGGAAAGGUCGCCAGAUCCUCGUGUUAUCACUGUCAGUUCAGGUGGAAUGCUGGUACAGAAAUUGAAUCAUGCUGAACCAAUGUGUAAGAAUAAUUAUGGUAAAUUUGAUGGGACUAUGAUUUAUGCUCAAAAUAAGCGUCAACAAGUUGUCAUGACUGAAAUGUGGGCUAAAAAUUAUCCAAAGAUAUUUUUCUGUUCAAUGCAUCCUGGAUGGGCUGAUACACCUGCUGUAGCUCUGUCAAUGCCAUCAUUUUAUAAACGAAUGAAAAACAAACUGAGAACAGCGGAACAAGGAGCUGACACCAUUAUCUGGUUGUCAAUGGUACCAAAUGUUCGAAGAUAUCCGAAUGGUUCUUUCUUUCAAGAUCGUCGCGUUGCUAGUCAACACUUGAAACUAGCCUGUACUCAGUCAACAGAUGAUGAGAAACGCAGAUUCAUAUCCAAUCUAGCUGAUAUUGCAUCACCUUUCUUAAGAUGA